AUGUCAUCACAUAUCCUUCCAAGUCUGCGUUCUCCUCACCGCUCUCCUAGCCCGCUAGUCACCGAGCCUGCACCCCCUCAUUCUCGUUUCUCUCAAACAUAUUCUAGAGACCCACACUGCAAAAUUUCUUUUUCGUCUGUUGUCCCUGUUCCAUCUGGUACAUCUUCUCCUUCUUCUGAUACUUCUCUGGUAAGUGUAUCCAAUACUCAUUUAAUGGCUACUCGUGCUAAGGCUGGUGUCUGUAAACCUAAUCCUAAAUAUGCGCAUCAUGCGUUGGUUUCUACUGAUGAUUCGUUUGAGCCUACAUUUUUCUCGCAGGCUAAUAAGCUUAAGGAAUGA